AUGAAUUCAAAAUUAAAUUUAAUUGAGAAUUUAUCUUCAGUAACAACAUCAGUUGAUUUAGUUAUAGUUAAUGAAAGUGAAACAAAUACAUAUGAUUGGGAAAAAUUAUUUUCUACAUGUAAAACAAAUGGUUUUCUUCUUGUUUCAUCAGAUAUUAACAUACCAACAGAACAAUUUCAAAAUGCUAGUUUUAUUCAAGUAGCACAAAGAAAAAAUUAUCAAUUAUGGAAAAGAUUAUCAAAUGAAAAUCUUAAUGAUACUAUUGUUUAUUUAGAUGAAAAAAUUUUUCAAUGGAUUGAACAAAUUAAAACAUUAUUAACAAAUUCUUCAAUACAACGUAUUUGGCUUGUAUCUAAGCAAUUAGAUAAUGGUAUUCUUGGAUUUUUUAAUUGUUUAAGACGUGAACUUGGUGGACAAGCACUUCGAUGUAUACAAAUUCAAGAUUCGGAAAAUAUUCUCAAUGAAAAUAUAUUAAAAACAUUAAAGAUUAAAGAUUUAGCUGUUAAUAUCUAUCGAAAUGGUGUAUGGGGAUCAUAUGUUCAUCAACAUUUACAAACAUCGAAUGAUUCAGCAUGGAUCGAAACUGAUAAUGCUCAUGUUAAUGUAUUAAAUCGUGGUGAUUUAUCAUCACUUACAUGGUUACAAUCACCUAUAAUAACAAAUGAAAAUAAAGAUAAUCCUUAUUUAGAUACAUGUACUGUACAUUAUGCAUCACUUAAUUUUCGAGAUAUUAUGUUAGCUACUGGAAAAUUAAGUCCAGAAGCAAUACCUGGAUAUUUAAAAAUGCAAGGUUGUUUAUUAGGUCUUGAAUUUGCUGGAUUAGAUUCAACUGGUCAACGAGUUAUGGGUCUUCUAUCAGCUAAAGGUUUGGCUACAAAAGUUGCAAUUGAUAAACGUUAUUCUUGGCAUGUACCUGAUCAUUGGACACUUGAACAAGCAUCAACAAUUCCAGUUGUUUAUGCCACAGCUUAUUAUGCACUUGUUAUACGUGGUCAAAUAAAACGUGGUGAAAAAGUUCUUAUUCAUGCUGGUACAGGUGGUGUUGGUACAGCAGCUAUAUCAAUUGCUUAUAGUUAUGAUUGUGAAGUAUUUACAACAGUUGGUUCAAAUGAAAAACGUGAAUAUCUUAAAAAAUUAUUUCCACGUUUAAAUGAUGAACAUAUUUGUAAUUCACGUGAUACAACAUUUGAACAACAAAUACGAUUUAUUACAAAAGGUAAAGGUGUUGAUAUUGUACUUAAUUCAUUAGCUGAAGAUAAACUUCAAGCAUCCGUACGUUUACUUGCUCAACAUGGUCGAUUUUUAGAAAUUGGUAAAUUUGAUUUCUCACAAAAUAAUCCAUUAGGUAUGAGUAUAUUUCUUAAAAAUACAACAUUUCAUGGAAUUUUACUUGAUUCAUUAUUUGAAAAUGCAACUGAUGAUUGGUUACGUGUACAUGAACUUGUUGAAAAAGGUAUUGAAAAUGGUGUUGUUCGACCAUUACAAAGCAAUGUAUUUAAUGCAAAUGAAAUUGAACAAGCAUUUCGUUUUAUGUCACAAGGAAAACAUAUGGGAAAAGUUCUUAUUAAAAUUUAUGAUGAAACUCACCCAUUAGUUCGUGCUUUACGUAAAACAUGGUUUUCACCGAAUAAAACUUAUAUAAUAAGUGGUGGUCUUGGUGGUUUUGGUCUUGAAUUAACUGAAUGGCUUGUUGAACGUGGUGCACGACAUUUAAUUCUUUGUUCUCGUAGUGGUAUUCGUACGGGAUAUCAAUUAAAAAAAUUAACAUAUUUACAAACAUUUUUUCAAGCAAAUAUAUCAAUAUCAAAAUUAAAUAUAACAAAUGAAAAAGAAUGUGAAGAAUUAAUUGCAAAACAAUCUUUACCAAUUGGUGGAAUAUUUCAUUUAGCAGCUGUUUUACAAGAUGGUUUAUUUGAAAAUUUAACCGCUGAUCAAUUUGAAGAAGUUAUUGAUAUUGAAUAUAAUGGAACAAAAUAUUUAGAUAAAUUUACACGACUACAUUCACAAAAAACAUUAGAUUAUUUUAUUGUUUUUUCAUCGAUUAGUUGUGGACGUGGUAAUGCUGGUCAAACAAAUUAUGGUUAUGCUAAUUCAACAAUGGAACGUAUUUGUGAACAACGACAAAAAGAUGGUUUACCAGCUUUAGCAAUACAAUGGGGAGCUAUUGGCGAUGUUGGUAUGGUUAUUGAAAAUUUAGGUUCAAAUGAUACAGUUGUUGGUGGUACAUUACCACAACGAAUGACAUCAUGUUUAGAAACUAUUGAUUAUUUUCUUCAACAAUCAACACAUAUUCCUGUUGUUUCAUCUUAUGUUCUUGCUGAAAAAUUACAAAAAACAUCUGGAUCAUCAACAGCAUCAGCUAGUUUACUUGAAACAAUUGCCAAUAUUCUUGGUAUAUCUGAUGCAAGUACAAUGUCAUCGGAUAGUACAUUAGCUGAUCUAGGUUUAGAUUCAUUGGGUAGUGUUGAAAUCAAACAGUUACUUGAACAAAAAUAUGCUGUAUCAUUAGCUAAUUCAAAAGAAAUUCAACAAUUAACUGUUAAACGUUUACGAGAAAUCGAUUCAGGUUCAUCAACAUCAUCAUCAUCAGCAGCAGCAGUAACAAUAAAUAAUACAGAAAGAAAACCAUCAGUAUCAGCAUCAUCAAUUGAUCUUAAACAAUUAUUACCAAAAGAUUUAUUAAUUUUAUUAAAUGAAAAAAUUCAAUCAAAUAAAUAUCAACAUUUAUUUCUUAUUCAUCCUAUUGAAGGUCAUGUACAAAUGUUAAAAGAUCUUGCACAACGUUUACCAAUUACUGUAUUUGGACUUCAAUCUACAAGUGAUGUACCUACUACAUCGAUUGAAGAUAUUGCUGCAUAUUAUAUCAAAAAAAUAAUUGAAACACAACCAACUGGUCCAUAUUUAAUUGGUGGAUAUUCAUUUGGUGCUUGUAUUGCUGUUGAAAUUGCUUUACAACUUCCAACAAUUGCACAUCUUUUAUUACUUGAUGGUAGUCAUUCAUAUGUUGCUACACAUACAAAACAAUAUCGAGCAAAAUUCAAUGAACCAAAUCAUGCUGAAGCUGCAGUGCUUUAUGCUUUUCUACAACAAUAUAUACCAAAUUUAGAUCAGAAAAAGAUUCUAUUUGAAUUAGCAAAUCUUUCAUCUUAUGAUGAACGUUUACAAUAUGCUGCUCAACUUCUUGAUCAAACAGUUCAUAUUGGUAAAGAUAAUAUAAUUUUAAUUGCUAAACAAUUUCAUAAUAAAUUAUUAUUGGCGGAAAAAUAUAUUCCAUCAAAAAAAAUACAAUGCCAAACAACAUUAUUUCGUGUACAAACAGGUAGUGAAUAUAGUGAAAGAAUUGGAGAUGAUUAUGGACUAUCAACAGUAUGUCAAAAUUCGCCACAAGUCCUAAUCAUUCCAGGCGAUCAUCGAACAUUUUUACAGGGUGAAAAUGUGCAAGUUUUGGCUAAUCAGAUUAAUACCAUUAUUUUAUAA